AUGGUCGCGACGCCCAUCCGUCCGCUCAAAGCGGGCACGGAGUCGCGCAGCUGGCCCGCGUUUUGCGACAAGGCCAUGGCCGCCGUGCGCGCGCACCCGGUUGUCGUUGGCACCAAGUAUUGCGCUUGGUGGUCGACGGGCGCCGCGAACGAGAAGCAGCAGCAGGACCUCGUGCAGCAGUUCUCCGUGUUCUCGCAGCUCUUCCUCGUCGCGCAGCUCCAGAAGAUCAUCAACGCGCCGACGCUCGAGGAGAUGCGCGACGGCAAGGAGAUCCUCGCGAACGAGAUCGGCGUCGUCUUCCGGGGCAAGGACACGCGCGCGGACUCCGUGGCCGCGACGACGGGCACGGUGGACGGCGGCGUCUACAAGCACCGCGCCGCCCACUUCGAGUGGCUCCUCGACGUCGCGGAGCCCCUGGGCCUCGAGUUCGGCGACCUCGGCAAGCGGCGCGUCGGCUCCGCGGACACGGUCCACUUCUGCGACGAGCUCGCGCGGCUCUACGCCAACGAGGACGACACGACGUCCAUCGCCGCGUCCUUCGCCAUCGAGAACUGGGCCGCCGCGGGCUUCUGGGACGAGCUCAUCGCGGGCUUCAAGGUCAUCAACGAGGACCGCGCGGCGCGGGGCCUCCGGAAGAUCCCGUCGUCCUUCUGGACCUUCCACAGCGCCCUCGAGCAGCAGCACGCGGACCACACCAUCGACGAGCUCAAGGAGUGCUACGACGCGGGCCGCGUCGCCGACGAGGACGCGUUCUGCGACACCAUGGUCGAGAUGCUCGACGCCGUCCAGGUCUUCUGGGACGGCCUCGAGGCGUCGCGCCGCAAGCUCGAGCACGACCGCCCGCCGGCGCCGGAGCAGCUCCUCCACCAGGGCGCCACGGACUUCUGA